AACGAAUCAAAAGUGAUGUUUUUAAAAUUAUAAAAUUACUAUAAACUUGUAGAAGUUCAAGAAAACCUAUUGUAUUAUGUCAGCUAUUUGUGCAGCUUUUUCAAGAAAUAACAUAAUUUUGAACAAAGAUUGUUGGUCCGUAAUAGAACAAAUCUAUCUUAUAAUAGUCGAUGGUGUGUGUCUACUAAGAUUGAUUUAGAUCCGUAACAGAUUGAUUUCAGACAUAAAAAACUAUUUCAGAGUUUCGAAACACUGUAUUAAUAACUAUCCAGCUUAUGACGGCUGUAAACAGAUCAUCUUUAAAUCAAUAUGCCGAGCAUUUAUUUGACCUUUUGCAUCUUCUUCGUAUAUAUAAAAGUGAAAAAGUAUUUUCCUUAUUGGCAAGAUUUUCGACCGGGAUCUUGAUAAUAAUAUGUGUGGUUGCUAAUCUUGUGUUAGUGAUUUCAGAACUAAUAGGCCUCAAGGAUGCAAAAAAUGUAAAACAACUGGCUAGAGGUAUUGGACUGGUUUCAUUUCACACGACUGGAAUUGUGAAAUGGUGCUACUGCAUGUGGAAGAUAGACAUAAUAACAAGUCUUAUUAAUAUGCUUCAUAACUGUCACUACCUUUCAUUGCAAAUUUGUCAAAAUGUUCGAGAUCGAGAGAAGUUGCAUAAAGAAAUGCAACUGGCAUGCAAGAUAACAAGUAUAUUUGCAUACUAUUGGCCUCCAAUUGGCAUUGGUGCCGCGUUGCAUUAUUGUUUCAAUCCAAUUUCAUUUCGAUUAUACAGAAUUUAUAUUGAAAAACAUGACAGUGCCGCAAUCCCAAAAAUACUUCCUCUGGAUGGAUGGUUUCCUUGGGAUCAGGAACAGUAUUAUGGAUAUUCUUAUUUUAUUCAAAUUUGUGGUGUGAUUGGGUGCUGUAUGGGAAGUAUAUGUUAUGAUCAAUUAUAUGUAUCAACCUUGCUCAUUGUUUGCUCUCAAUUAAGAUUUCUCAGUAAAGCUUUGAGAUCAGAAAAUGUCAGUGCAAAAGUAACUGGUAUAGCCCGUUUUGAAGAGCGUCUGAAGAAUUGUGCAGUGCAGCAUGCGAAAAUCCUAAAAUACGUUAAAGAGUUGGAAGACGUUGGCAGUCCAUGUAUGUUUGUGCAAUGUGUGCAAAAUAUUGUUAUACUGUGUUUGUGUUCAUUUGAAGCAGCAACUCUCCAAAUUACGUCUGAUGCAGAUUGUGUUGUGAACAUAUUGAACUUGUUGGAAUUCUGUUCGGGGGUGACUGUGCAACUAUUUUUCUUCUGCUACAUUGCCAGCUACAUAUCAUCUCUGGGCUUAGAUAUAGCAGAAGCUGCAUAUGCCUCCCAGUGGGCUUCUUCUUUUGAUGCUUUGAAGAGUAAGAAAAGAUAUAAUAGAAGAAACCAUAAAGUGAAAUAUUCAGUACUAAUGAUAACUACUCGUGCCCAGAUACCUAUUUUACUCACCGGCGGUCCAUUUUACAUUCUUUCUCUCCAAACUUUUAAAUCCAUUGUUGGCAUGGCGGUCUCAAACGCUGUGAUAUUGAGCCAAGUAUAUGGAGAAAAAUGAGCCUAGAGCUUCGAUCAAAUUUUGUAACCCGCCAUACAAUAUGUUACUUAAUUAUAGAAUUUAAGUUAUGAAAGCUCCUCCGUACUCUUACAACUUUUUCCAUUUUGCAGACAGAAGAAGUCCUUUCUAUUCGAUACUUUGUGAAAGAAAGACAGUACUAAUAAGAAUUCCAUCCGUCUAGCCUAAAAGUUUUUUCUGCACGAUAUUACUUUAAGCAUGACCUUUUUAAAAAUUCACAUCAAAUCAAUAAUUCUACCUUAGAAAUAACCGAUGGGAGCAC